AUGGCGGCGCAGGGCGCGGAGCUGGGCUGCCUGCUGGCGCUGCUGCUGCUCACGCUGCUGUGCGGGUUGCUCCCGGCGCGGCUGCGGGGCGCGACGGCCGCGCACGGACGCCGGCCCGUGUGCCGUCCGGCAGAGCCGCGCGGGCCGUGGCUGAGCGCGCUGGGCGCCGCGGCGGGCGGCGUGUUCCUGGCCGCCUGCCUGCUGGACGUGGUGCCCGACUACCUGGGCGAGAUGCGCGAGGCGCUGCGGGCGCGGCGGAUCCAGGUGUCCUUCCCGCUGGCCGAGCUGGUGCUGGCGCUGGGCUUCCUGCUGGUGCUGGUGCUGGAGCGCGCGGCGCUGGAGUGCGGGGAGCGGCGGGCGCGGGCCCCCGGCGAGGCCGCCCCGCUGCUGCCCGCGCCCGCCGCGCCCGCUCCUGCGCCCUUCCGCGCGCUGGCCAUGCUGCUGGCGCUCUCGCUGCACUCGGUGCUGGAGGGGCUGGCCGUGGGGCUGCAGGCCGUGCCGGCCCGGGCGCUGCGCGUCUGCGCCGCCAUCCUGCUGCACAAGGCCGUCAUCGCCGUGGGCCUCUCGCUUCUGCUGCUGCGGAGCCGCGUGGCCACCCGCUGCUUCGUGGCCUCCGUGGCCGCCUUCGCCCUCAUGUCGCCGCUGGGCAUCGUGCUGGGCAUGGGCCUGUCGCAGAGCCGCGGCCCGAGUGCCGCCCUGGCCCAGUGCUUGCUGCAGGGGCUGGCGGCCGGCACCUUCCUCUACGUCACCUUCCUGGAGAUCCUGCCCCACGAGCUGAGCGCUGCCCGCGGACGCCUGCCCCAGGUGCUGGCCCUGCUGCUGGGCUUCUCUGCCAUGGUCACCCUGCGCUUCCUGGGUUGACACCCCCGGCAUGGCCCAGCUCAGCCUGGCACUGCUGGCCCCGGGCCCAGGGGAAGGGCUGGGCUGUGAGUGGACUGCGCCAGGCUGGCUCUGGCAUGGGAGCAUGGCUGGGGCAGCCGCUGGCCUGCGGGGUAGCCCUGGCAGGGCUUUAGGAGUGGCGGGCAACAGUGGGCAUUGCCUGCAGGUGACAUGGGGUCUGUUUUUACGUGGCGGGAGUGCGGGUCCCGCUGGGGUAGGUGCGAGCAGCUGGUUCUGGUGGCUGGCCUGCGGACAGCUGGGCCCAUGCCCCUCUGCCACAAGCCUUUUAACAUGGGGUUGGGCCUGUUUUUAUAUGCGGCCUUUGUAUUGCUGAGUAUUAAAGACACUGCUGCUGCUUACAUACCGGCUUCGCUCCCUGACUGCCCCAACCCAGGGACGGGUGGGGGGUGGCAUCCUCCCUGGACAGAAGGGGGA